GGGCACUGGUGGGUGGCACUGGUGGGCACAGGUGGGUGGCACUGGUGGGCACAGGUGUGUGGCACUGCUGGGUGGCACAGGUGGGUACACUACUGGACACAGGAGGGUGCACUAAUGGGCACAGGUGGGCGCACUGCUGGGCACAGGUGGGUGCACUGCUGGGCACAGGUGGGCGGAACUGGUGGGUGGCACUGCUGGGCACCAAUCAUCAGGGCACCGAUCAUCAGUGCCCUGAUGAUCAGUGCAGAUCCCUGCUCUGACAACUGCCGGUUCUCGGCAGUACUUUCCUCACGCUCUGACAAUGUGAGGAAAGUGCAGCCGAGAACCGGCAAUUGU